AUGACAACCCAAAUCCCCACCACAACCCCCUACGCCUGGCCACACAACUCGACCCUCCACCCCUCCACAACCGCCCUCAUAAUAAUAGACAUGCAACGCGACUUCCUCUCCCCCGGCGGCUACCUCUCCUCCCAAGGCUACAGCACCACACGCUUCGCCCCUCUAAUCCCGCGUCUCACAUCCCUCCUCUCUACUUUCCGCUACGCAGGCUUCACCGUCGUGCACACGCGCGAAGGCCAUGACGCUUCGCUGGCAACAGUUAGCAGCCGGGAAGCGCACCGUAGCCGGAUAAACGGGGCCGAUAUAGGAAGUUUGGGUCCGCUGGGCCGGUUGCUAGUGAGGGGUCAUGAGGGGCAUGAUAUUGUCCCUGAACUGAAGCCCUUGGCGGGUGAAGUAGUGAUUGAUAAACCGGGGCGAGGCGCGUUUACGCAUACGGAGUUGGAUUUGGUGUUGAGGGCCAAGGGGGCGAGGAAUCUGGUUGUUUGUGGGGUUACGGCUGAUGCGUGUGUGAGUAGUACGGUAAGGGAGGCGAGUGAUCGCGGGUAUGAUGUUUUGGUGCUGGAGGAUGGGGUGGAGAGUGUUAGUGAUGAGUUGAAGAGGUGGAGUUUGGAGAGUGUCAAGGUUGAAGGGGGGUUGUUUGGUGUUGUUGGGAAUUGUAAGGAUGUAGAAGAGGCAGUUGGGAGUUGGAUAGGACAUGGGGAUUUGGCAUAG